GAAUCAGUUGGCGUUUAGAACUAAUAAAGCUUUUUACUUUUUAACUUCUCAAGACCACUCACAAACGCUUGAAACUUGAAGGCACAAAAUUUUCAUUUACCGUUUAAUCUCAUCUCUCUAUCCCACUGUUUAAUCGAGCAUGGAGGCGAGCAAGGAAGCGUUUCUGAGAGAGUUUGGUGAGCACUACGGAUACCCCAACGGUCCCAAAACCAUCGACGAAAUCCGAGCUACCGAAUUCAAACGAUUAGAUGGACUUGUGUACUUGGAUCAUGCUGGUGCAACUAUGUAUUCUGAGUUGCAGAUGGAAGCAAUCUUCAAGGAUUUCACUUCCAAUGCUUAUGGAAACCCACAUAGCCAAAGUGAUACCAGUUCUGCUACGAGUGACAUCGUAAGGGAAGCCCGGCAACAGGUCCUGGACUAUUGUAAAGCAUCCCCAAAAGAUUACAGCUGCAUAUUCACUUCUGGGGCUACAGCGGCGCUGAAACUGGUAGGGGAGGCCUUUCCAUGGAGCUGUCAGAGCUGUUUUGCUUACACGAUGGAGAAUCACAAUAGUGUACUUGGGAUCAGAGAAUAUGCACUGGGUCAAGGAGCUGCAGCUUUUGCAAUAGAUGUUGAAGAGACUUCGCAUCAUGGAGUGUCUAAUGGUACUGUGGCAUCCAUGAAGGCAUUGCAGCACCCAAUACAAAGGAGAAGUGAAGCUAGAUCCCUGGAGGGAGAACCAACAGGUGAUGCAUAUAACUUAUUUGCCUUCCCCUCAGAGUGCAAUUUCUCAGGGUUGAGAUUUAAUCUUGAUUUGGUGAAGACAAUUAAAGAAGACCCAGCAAGAAUUCUGGAUGGCUCCCCAUUUUGCAAAAGUGGCCGCUGGAUGGUCUUGAUUGAUGCUGCAAAAGGAGCUGCCACAGAACCACCGGAUUUAUCACAGUAUCCGGCAGAUUUUGUUGUUAUGUCUUUCUACAAGCUAUUUGGUUAUCCAACUGGACUUGGAGUGCUCAUUGCUCGAAAGGAUGCUUCCAGAUUACUAAAGAAGACAUACUUCAGUGGAGGCACGGUCACAGCCUCAAUUGCUGAUAUUGACUUCGUUAGAAGAAGAAAAGGUGUGGAAGAGCUGUUUGAGGACGGUACCAUUUCAUUCCUGAGCAUAGCAUCUAUUCACCAUGGGUUCAAAAUUCUCAAUUCCCUAACUGAAUCUGCCAUAUCUCGGCAUACAGCAUCACUUGCAACUUAUGUGAGGAAGAAGCUCUUGGCCUUGAGGCAUGAAAAUGGAGCCAGUGUUUGCUCACUCUAUGGAACUUCAAAGGCAUCAUUUCAUGGAUUUGGCCCUACAGUCACUUUCAACUUGAAAAGGUCGGAUGGAUCUUGGUGUGGAUACCGUGAAGUGGAAAAACUGGCAUCUUUAUCUGGAAUUCAGUUACGGACAGGAUGCUUUUGCAAUCCCGGUGCAUGUGCAAAAUAUCUUGGCUUGUCUCACUCAGAUCUUCUUUCAAAUAUUGAGGCUGGCCAUGUUUGCUGGGAUGAUAAUGACAUAAUUAAUGGCAAACCUACUGGAGCUGUGAGAGUAUCCUUUGGUUAUAUGUCAACGUUUGAAGAUGCAAAGAAAUUUGUUGAUUUCCUGACAAGUUCGUUUGUGGCAUUACCAAAUUGGAAUGAAAGUGGUUAUCAAAUAAACCAAGGUCCUGAAAGCAGACUACCAGCUGCUUGUUUGUAUCUCAAGUCGAUUACCGUCUACCCAAUAAAAUCAUGUGCAGGAUUCAGUGUGGAAAGUUGGCCUUUGAGCAGUACGGGUCUGCUUCAUGAUCGAGAAUGGGUUCUUACAAGCCCAAGUGGUGAAAUUCUUACACAGAAAAAGGUUCCUGACAUGUGCUUUAUCAGUACUUUUAUUGACCUCAAUGAGGGAAUAUUGUUUGUAGAGUCACCAAGAUGCCAAGCGAGACUGCCAAUCAACAUUCUGACAGAUUCAUGCAAUGGUGUGCGAGAAGAAAUUAAGUUAAAUGGCCAGAGAUAUGAAGUACAGUGUUACGACAAUGAAGCCAAUAUUUGGUUCAGCAAUGCCAUUGGCCGACCAUGCACUUUAUUACACUGUUAUAGUUCGAAUCACAACCAUUGCUUGAAUAAGAGCAAAAGUAUGUGCAUGGGCAGAGAUGCGCAGAGCAUAUUGAAUUUUUCGAAUGAAGCUCAGUUCUUAUUAAUAUCUGAGGAAAGCGUAUCUGACCUCAACCGCAGAGUAAGCACAAAAGACGUACAAAAGGGUGCUCGUGGAGCUGCAGGUCAAAUCGAUCCACUGAGGUUUCGGCCCAACCUCGUCUUAUCUGGGGGUGAACCAUAUGUUGAAGAUGGAUGGAGAAAUCUUAAAAUUGGGAAUAAAUACUUCACAUCUUUGGGUGGAUGUAAUCGUUGCCAGAUGAUCAACAUUGUUCAUGAAGCUGGACAAGUGCAGAAGUCAAAUGAACCUUUGGCUACUCUAGCAUCGUAUAGGAGAGCGAAGGGAAAGAUUUUGUUUGGGAUACUUCUGAAAUACGAAAGAAGCGAAGUCGUAGGUGGGGACGAUGAUUUGUGGCUUCGAGUGGGACAAGAUGUAGAGCCGAAUAUCUUGUAGCUUCAUGACAUGUGUAUGGAGCAGCCUCGGACGGUAUCUAACAAGUAUAAGUUGCAUUGGGAUAUAGUUAGGUAUUCCUACUCACAGGACUCUCUAACAUUGGUAUAAAUGCAGAGCGGUCUGAUGCAAGAACUUGGCAAUGGUCUUCUCCAGAAGCAUUCGACUGAUUUAAUACGUUCCAUAUACGGUUAUGGCCGCCCGGAAAAUUGAGAUUCAGUGCCAUAUAUACUUGUGUGUGUACGCAUAAAUGUACUAAUUUACAACAUUGCUUUAUGCAUUUAGAUUCGGCCAUUCUUAGAAACAUAGGGUUUGUCCGUUCUAGCCAAAGAUGUCUUGCUUAUGAAAAGCAACAAUGUACUAGUUAACACAUAUAAUCAGAUUUUCUGUUUCAUUAGCAA